AUGAACCAGUUAUUAAAAAAUAUAUAUUUAGCAACUUUUCGUAUUAAUACGACGCAAAACCUGCACACUACUAUUCCUGUAACAGCAUGGAGUAAAUCAGACGUGCCCAAAUCAUUUUUAAAAUUCAAUAAGAAAAUAUAUCCCCCACAGGAUCCUUCAGAGGAACCAAGACCAGCAUAUGUGUGUCACCAAAAAACUAAUUUUAAAUACAGUCCAGACAAGCUAUGGUAUAUAGCAAGCUUUGUCAGAGGUAUGACAGUAGAUGAGGCUAUUAAACAACUGAGUUUUGUUAACAAAAAGGGUGCAGGUUUAGUCAAAGAAGCCAUACUGGAAGCACAGGAACUAGCUGUAACAAAACAUAAUGUAGAAUUUCGUAGUAAUUUAUGGAUUGCGGAAUCAUUCUCUGGAAAGGGAGUUGUUAUCAAAGGUAUAAGAAGACAUGCUAGAGGGAGACUGGGUGAAGUUCGUUAUCAAUAUUCUCAUUAUUUUGUACGCCUAGAAGAAGGCAAACCUCCUGUUGAUUACUACAAAAGAAAUCCAUUAACGCCCCAGGAACAACUUGAUAAAUGGUUGGAGCAAAUGAGGAAGCGGAAGAUAACUAAUUCAUUUUAA